AAAAAAAGAAUCUAGUGCAAAAAACAACACAACAUACAGAAUUUUUUUUAUUUAACUUAAAAACCUAAAAAUGUUUGUUUAAUUUUACUUUAAUAAAUAAAUUUUAAGAAAAAGUCUUAACUAUAACCACAACAUGAAAAUAGCCGAUGCUUUAAGACGUUUAGAUGCCUAUCCCCGUACCUUGGAAGAUUUUAGUGUCAGAACGGUUUCAGGGGCAGCCGUUACCAUUAUUAGUAGCAGCAUUGUAGUAAUAUUAAUAUGUUUGGAAUUUAUGGCGUAUAUGACUCCAAAUCUUACGGAAGAACUAUUUGUGGACACCACCCGUGGCCAUAAGUUAAGAAUUAACUUAGAUAUAACUUUACACAAUUUAGCAUGUAAUUAUUUGUCUUUGGAUGCUAUGGACUCAUCGGGUGAUCAACACUUGAGAGUUGAUCAUGAUAUUUUUAAGCAUCGUUUGGAUUUACAGGGAAAUCCUUUAAAGGAAGUGGAUCCUAUUAAGGAAAUAGUAGCCGUUUCACCCUCAAAUAAGAAUAAUACUUGUGGCAGUUGUUAUGGUGCCGAGAACAAUAGUACACACUGUUGCAAUACCUGUGACUCGGUUCUAGAGGCCUAUCGCAUGAAGAAAUGGAAUGUCCAACUGGACAAAAUUGAACAAUGUAAAGAUCAAUUUAAACGUUCCGAUUUAGAUGCUUUUAAGGAAGGUUGUCGGGUACAGGGUCAUUUGGAAGUUAAUAGGAUGGCUGGUAGUUUUCACAUAGCUCCCGGCAGUAGUUUUUCCAUACGACAAUUUCAUAUACACGACUUCCAAAUAGCCGAUGUAAAACUCUCCCACACCAUUAAUCAUCUUUCGUUUGGUGACAAAAUCGAAUUUGCCAAAACCCAUCCCUUAGAUGGAGUAAAAGUGCUAACAGAAGAAUCUAAAUCGGAAAUGUUUAAUUAUUAUUUGAAAAUAAUACCCACUGUUUAUAUGAAGGCCAAUGAGGAGGCUCCCAUUUAUACAAAUCAAUUUUCCGUUACCCGUUAUCGCAAGGAUUUGAGUACAAAAGAACGUGGCAUGCCGGGCAUAUUUUUCUCCUAUGAAUUGUCACCGUUAAUGGUGAAAUAUGAAGAACAGCAAAGAUCAUUUGGUCACUUUGCUACCAAUUGUUGUUCCAUUAUAGGUGGCGUUUUUACCGUUGCAGGUAUAAUAGCGGUAUUUCUCAACAAUUCCUGGGAGGCUUUGAGAAAACUCGAGAUCGGUAAACUAAGUUAACAGCUAUAUUUAUACAACUAUAUACCAAAGGUGCUGUUUACUUUCAACAUUAUAAAGCUCCUCUAUAACUUUUCCUCAAUUUAUUCCUUUUAAAGCAAAAACAAAAAUAUUUCUUUUUAUAAACUCCUCGCUUAUUAACUUGACGACAAUUGCUUUUGAAAAGCCUUGGCAUUCCUUAAAGAAAAAAGUAUCUAUUUUGUAAUUAAGUAAACGAAGAAAAAUCUCAGACAAAAACAUUUUUGCCAACAAAUUUGUAACAUU